AUGGCUGGGUCAGGUAGAGGAAGAGGACGCGCUGCGUUUACCUUCAACAUCGAGGCUAUUGGCUUCUCUAAAGGUGCAGCUCUGCCUGAUGUCACGUGUAAGCCUCCACCACCAUUCCCUAGUACAGAUAAUAAGCCAGUGCCUCUGAAAACAGGAGAAGAUGAAGAUUACAUGUUGGCUCUAAAACAAGAUCUUAGAGGAACUGUGAAAAAAAUGCCAUAUUUUUUGGCAGUAGAAGAAGAUAAUGAAGUAAUUGAGAGGUACAGUAAAAAGUACCAGGACAGUGAAAAGGAACAUGCAACAUGGAUCCCAGAUUGGAGAAGACUGCCAAGAGAGAUGAAGCCAAAGAAAAAGACCAAAAAAGCAGGUGCAAAACCCAAAAAGGCAAAAAGCUCUGAGCCUAAAAGUAAUCUGGAUGUGUUGAAAAAAAUUGAGGAGCUGGAAAAGAAGGAUGACGAAGAAGAAAAAUCUGAAGAUGAGAAAGAUAAAACAAAAGAAGGUGAAGAUGAUGAUGAAGCAGAAGAACCAGAGGAAUACGAUGAAGAGGAGCAUGAAGAGGAAAAUGACUACAUUUCUUCAUAUUUUGAAGAUGGAGAUGAUUUUGGUGCUGGCAGUGAUGACAAUAUGGAUGAAGCAACAUAUUAG